AAAACGACAAAAAAGAGCUGUCAGCCUGCCUUCCUCCCAACCGCUGUUGCUGAGGAAUCAAAAUAAAGCUUACAUUUUUGCGAGCUGAGAUUGUUGUCCGAGUUUCUUCGCGUCGGUUCCGAACAUCGUUCUGCAGAAGCUUGCUGAGUGUGCUUCUCGUGGGGGGGCGAUCAAAUGGCGCUCGAUUCGAGCUCUUCUAAUGGAGGCAACAUGGGCGCUACUCUGCAAUCCAUCUGCUACGAGCGCGGUUCCCUCCGAUUACUCGACCAGAGAAAGCUGCCUCUGGAAACAGUCUACCUGGAUAUAAAAGAUGCUACCGAUGGAUGGAAUGCGAUAAAGGAUAUGGUGGUCCGUGGGGCGCCGGCUAUAGCUAUUGCGGCUGCGCUUUCUUUGGCAGUGGAAGUGUCUCAUUUUGAUGCUUUUAGUGGGACGACUAAUGAUGCGGCCUCUUUCCUCGCUGGAAAGUUGGAUUAUCUUGUUUCAAGUCGGCCAACUGCGGUGAAUCUAUCCGAUGCCGCAACAAAACUGAAGGAAGUCAUCUCUGAUGCUGUUGCAUCAGCUUCGAAAGCCAAAAGUAUUUUUCAGGCUUAUAUGGAAGCUGCUGAAUUAAUGCUAAAAGAUGAUGUUGCUUCAAACAAAGCGAUUGGUAGCUAUGGAGCCACAUUUCUUAAGCUACAUCAGAAAUCCUCCAAAGGACUCUCUGUGUUGACCCAUUGCAAUACUGGCAGUCUUGCUACAGCUGGAUACGGUACAGCCCUGGGCGUAAUCCGUGCACUUCAUAUGGAAGGGGCGUUGGAAAGGGCUUAUUGCACAGAAACACGCCCAUUCAACCAAGGUUCUCGGCUUACAGCUUUUGAAUUGGUACAUGAGAGGAUACCAGCUACCCUUAUUGCAGACUCCGCUGCAGCAGCACUUAUGAAGGAAGGAAGGGUGGAUGCUGUCAUCGUUGGAGCAGAUCGUGUGGCUGCAAAUGGCGAUACUGCUAACAAGAUUGGAACUUACAGUCUCGCCUUGUGUGCAAGGCAUCAUGGUAUUCCCUUUUAUGUGGCUGCGCCUCUGACUUCUGUUGAUCUAUCCCUUUCUUCGGGUCAAGACAUUGUUAUUGAAGAACGAUCUGCAAAAGAAUUGCUGAACUCACGUGGAGGCCUUGGGGAGCAAGUUGCUGCAUCUGGAAUAUCUGUCUGGAAUCCUGCCUUCGAUGUUACACCUGCAAAUCUUAUAGCUGGUAUCAUAACCGAGAAGGGUGUCAUCGCCAAGAAGGGCAGUGAUGCUUUCGACGUGAAAGCAUUUGCACUUCAGCUAGAUGGUAAGUGCUGAGAGUUUGGAUGCGGCGGGAACGAGGAUGAAGAGUGUAGUCAUGUGCUCGUCUUAGCCGUAACUCAAAUGUCAAUAAGAAAUCGAAUAAAUAGUUGAGGAGUCGCAAUUAUUAGGACAGAAAGAGGUUAUGGUUGAAGCCUCAGAAUGUGAAGAAGGGGUUCUUAGAAUUGAUCAUAUCUUGUGGGGUGCUGCUUUAUUUGAUGGUAUGUCUUGGAUGUCAUCGCAUGUUUGUUGUCCUUUUUGGGACUCCCAUCCUAUGCUAGUUGAUAAAUCAUGUGGUGGGUCA